AUGGUCAUCGGUAGCUUUCUUCUGAUUUGUGCAAUUGCCAUCAUAACCACUGGUGUUGAAUGCCAAAAGCUCGUUGAUCUGACGGGAUUUCACAAGGGUGCAUAUCCUCCAAUGGAUAAGAUACCUCCUGUCGAUCCAACUAUUCUUGCAAAGUAUGAUCUAUCCAAGGUGCCAAACUAUCCUCCAAGGGAGCGGGAUCGAACAACUGGCGAUCUUUUAUGUCCUACCACAAAAGGAGUCUGGGGGCUUUCGUUUGAUGAUGGACCGGGACCGUAUACCACUGGACUACUUGACUUUCUGGAUGCGGUUAGCGUCAAGGUCUCUAUGCUCACUGGUGUAUCAACUGAACAAAUUGUCAUGGAGAUGCAUUAUUCUGUGCUAGCCAUUGAACAAGUCACUGGUACGCGACCAAAGUACGCUAGGCCACCUUUAGGAGACUCAGAUGAUCGUGUUCGUGCUAUAUUUGCUGCAAUGAAUCUUACUUGCGUGAUAUGGGAUCGAGAUACAUAUGACUGGACUUCCAACGAUCCAUCACGCCACUUUCAACCUCAAUGGAUUACAAACAACUUUACCCAAUGGAUUUCUGCCGCAGAAAAUGAAACUACUGGUCAUAUCUCCCUGGAGCAUGAUCUUGUUCCGAUUGCCGCGACCGAAGCACCAGCUGCUUUAAAGCUUUUGCUUCGAGCGGGUUUCCGUGUCCAAUCACCUGCAGAAUGCAUUGGUGAUAUGAGACCAUAUACAAAUCAGUCUCUGGUGAUUCCUAACAGUUUGGUCAAGGGAGCAACUGGAAUCGGUCUCAUGCCUACAAGUGGUGCUAAUCGUGCAUCUAGCAUAACAAUAUCUUUCGUCUCUGCUGUAUUCCUAGUGUUUCACAUUGCCUUCAUCUGGUGA